AGCAAAAAUAGUCAAAACAGAAGGAAAAGAGGAAUAGAAAUGAUCUUUUUUUUACUGAAACUGAAGCCACAGCUGGUAAAAGUCAUGGCUUCCUCCAGCAGUGCUCUGUGUGAAGAUCAGCUUGAGUGCUCCAUAUGUCUGGAUGUGUUCACUGAUCCAGUCUCUACUCCAUGUGGACACAACUUCUGUAUGAUUUGUCUAAAAGAGUAUUGGGACAGCAGUCCACACUGCCAGUGUCCAUUGUGUAAGGAGAAAUUCUCCAAUCGUCCUGAUCUACGUGUGAAUAAGUUCAUCUCUGCACUUGCUGCUCCAUUUAAGAAGUCAAUUCAAGUGAAAUCCAGCAGAGCUGCAGAAAAACCCACCCGAUCUCAGGUGCUCUGUGAGAUCUGUUGUGAAAAGAAGUGUGUAGCCGUGAAGUCCUGCCUGAUCUGUAUGGCUUCUUACUGCAAGACUCAUCUGGAACCUCAUGAUAGAGUUUCCUUAUUAAAGAAGCACAAACUGAUAGAUCCAGUGGAGAACCUGGAGGACUACAUCUGCCAGAAAUAUGAGAGACCCCUGGAGCUGUUCUGCAGAGAAGACCAGACAUGUGUGUGUCAGUUCUGUACUGAAGGAGACAAAUCCCACAACACUGUUCCUAUAGAGGAGGAGAGUGUUGAGAAGAAGAAUGAACUGGUGAAGACUCAAGCAGAAGUUCAGCAGAAGAUCCAGGAGCGACUGAAGAAGAUUGAGGAGAUUAAACACUCUGUAGAAGUAAAUAAAAAAAACACAAAGAAGGAGAAAGCAGAUGCUGUGAAGAUGUUCAGUGCUCUUAUAUGCUGCAUUGAGAGAAGCCAGGCUGAGCUGCUUAAGGUGAUGGAGGAGAAGCAGAAAGCAGCAGAGAGGCAGGCUAAAGAGAUCAUUAAAGAUCUGGAGCAGGAAUUCAGUGAGCUAAAGAGGAGAAACACUGAUCUGGAGCAGCUCAUACACACUGAGGAUCACCUCCACCUUCUACAGAUUUACCCAUCACUGUGCAGCUCUCCACACACCCAGGACUGGACUUCCAUCACAAUUACCUCUCAACUGAGUGUGGAUACUCUGAGGAGAGCUUUGGCUCAGCUUCAGGAGACUCUCAGUCAGGAAAUGCAGAAGAUUGAUGAAACUGAACUGAAGAGAAUUCAACAAUAUGCAGUGGACGUGACUCUGGAUCCUGAUACAGCUCAUCCUUAUCUCAUCCUGUCUGAUGAUGGAAAACAAGUUACAUGUGGAGACAUAGAACAGAAUCUCCCUGAUAAUCCAGAUAGGUUUUAUUAUUGUGUCUGUGUGUUGGGAAAGAAGGGAUUCUCCUCAGGGAGAUUUUACUAUGAGGUGCAGGUCAAAGGAAAGACUGAGUGGGAUUUAGGAGUCGCCAGAGAAUCCAUUACCAGGAAAGGAGAGAUUAUAGCCAGACCUGAAGAUGGAUGCUGGUGUGUAUGGCUGAGGAAUAAGACUGAAUAUAAUGUUUGUGAUGCUCCUCCUGUUUCCCUCUCCUUGAAAAAUGUUCCUCAGAAGGUUGGAGUGUUUGUGGAUUAUGAGGAGGGGCUGGUCUCCUUCUAUGAUGUUGAUGCAAAAUCUCAUAUCUACUCUUUCAGUGCUCAAACUUUCACUGAGAAACUUUAUCCUUACCUUAGCCCCUGCACUAAUGAUAAAGGUGAAAAUUCAGCCCCACUGAUCAUCUGCCCUGUUUAUCAAAACUAAUGAACUGCCGAAAUCUGAAAUGUAAAAUGUUUUUUUUAAUGGUUUUGGUGUCCAUGGUGUAAUUUCAUGCUAAUUAAAGUUGUCUUCAUUAGAAACGAUACAACAAAAGGAGAAUGUUAAAAAUGACUUUUUGAUAAGGGAAUAGUGUUUGUGUCUACACAGGUUUUGUUUCUUCUGUACACAAUCUUUACAGAGUUUUAUUAGAAAUUAAUAUUAAUAUGUUUAAACUACAGCCCGUGGGAUGAUUACGACCCGCCCCGACAUUUGGAAUGGCCUUCUAAACAAUGCAAUAGUGUAAUUUUUAAAUAUAUGUUUUAUUUAUAUUAUAUUUGUAUUUAAUAAUUAGGGCCGGCUUUUACCGUCAAAUUUCUCUUCCGUAGCCUAAUUGUCAGAUUCACCCACCAAA